AUGAAGCCCACAACAUCUUACAGAUCGAGUGGGUUACUUGACUUCAGGCCUUGCAGACGCUCUCCCUUGUCAGAUGAUGAAGGGGAUCGAUAUCUUGCUGGCGAGCGGAGACGCAAACGCAGUAGAGAACAUUCAUCGGUAAGCUUAGAUGCAGAAUUUGAUUCAUCUACAGAUGAGAACUCAAUCAAACGACAACAAAGGCGGAGAAAGUGCGUGGAUCCUGAUAGCAGUGAAGAUGAAGACUACGCUGAGAUCACUAGUAUUCCCCCUGAAUUGCUCAAUAGACUCAAGUCAUUUGCGUUAUUCGAAAACGCCCCGAAAUCUUUUUUGACUGCCCUGGGGCGUUCACUGAAACCAGUGCAGUACUUUCCACAAGAAUACAUCGUGAAGGCUGGCGAACAGGCCAAGGCGAUGUAUUGGAUUUUAAGAGGUACAGUGGGUGUUACAUCCACUGACGGUGAAGCAUUGUAUGCAGAACUAGCGGCUGGGUCAUUUUUUGGUGAGAUUGGUAUUCUUUUCAACAGACCGAGAACCGCAACGGUGGUGGCCAGAACAAAGGUGCUCUUGGGCGUCCUCACCAAGGGUGCAUUAGGGGUUGUUUUGUCAGAUUAUCCCAAGAUUGAACGUUUGAUUAGAGAUGAAGGUCAGGAACGUCUUGCAAUGCAGGAGAAGCGAAAACAAAAAACGAAAUCAUCCGCAAAUCUUCUUUUCCAGAGACGUGAAAACUUAUUAGUACCUUCGAAGUAUAGCAACGACUCGAUUACUGCCUUUGAGAAUGAACCAUUACCUGGUCCUGUUCUUCCUCCGACAUCAGAUGCUGCCACACCAGUUCUAAAAACUAUAAACCCAUUCGAUCCCUCGCAAAUAUACAUCCAACAGCCUUCACCGAUACCUACGGGUAGUAUCGAUAAUUCUAUCUCUGUAAGAGAAUUUUUGAGCGGCCUACCUAUUUUCAAAUCUCUACCAUCGGACGUGUUCCAUGAACUUGCCCUCAAGGUAGAGAUUAAAGAUUUUAAACCAAUGGAAUAUAUAUUCAAAAAGGGAGAUGCUGGAAGAGACAUUUAUUUUGUUGUGUUUGGGGAAGUUGAAGUACUAGAUGCUGAAAAGGCUAGCCAUAUCGUUGCAAGACUAGGAAGCGGCAAAUAUUUUGGUGAGAUGUCUUUUUUGUCUUCUCUACGCGAUGAUCAUGAUUCCUCUAAGACUGAGACAAGAUCGGCAGAUGUUCGUGCAGUUUCUGAAUCUGAAGUGCUUGUGGUGAAAGGCAACAUACUAGAGGAUCUAUGUAAACGUUAUCCGGUUGUUGCAGAAGACAUGAAGUUCACUGCGUGCGAGAGGUUAAAGAAAAACGAUUCCGUUGUGGAAAUGGUUCAUUCUGCCGACAUAUCAGCUCAUGAUCGAAAUAUUGUAUCUUCCUUGACUGAGGACAGCGGAGGAAAACCAAUAUUUCAGAGCAUCUCAUGGUAUAAUGAGGCAUAUGGAUCAGCACCUCCUAGCCCUCAUGAUACUGUCAUGACGCCAUACUACAGAGAUUCGGUGAGCACAACGGGAACACAAGAUCUCACGAAAUCAAACGAUUUAUCAGCUCCAUCUUUGCUAUCUGAUAAAUAUUCGAAGCCUGAGAAGCCAACUAUUCAAUUGUACGUGCCAUCACCUAAUCCAGUCUCAGGAUCGCUUUACAAGUUUGGAAACUCGCUCAGACCUCCUUUUCAUUAUACGCCUCAUGAUCACCGUUUACGUUUGUUAAACAUCAACAAUGGCCGCCGCCGAUCUUCUGUUUUAUCUUCAGGUCCCUUUCCGGACUCUAUCUUUAUGAAAAUCUUCAAGUAUCUCGAUUUACCCAAUUUGAUGAGAUUUGCCACAGUUUGCAAGAAAUGGAAACAGCUUUUAUACCUGGGACCAGAUUUGAUAAAGACUCUUGAUCUAACGCCGUGGAAACGAGAUCUUACAGACAAUGCUCUUAUCCAGAUCACAAAUUUUGUUGGGCCACGCCCUGAAGUGAUAAACAUUUCCAGUUGUUUCCACAUCACGGAUGCCGGUUUUUGUUAUAUGAUCAAUGAAAUUGGAAUACGGGGCCGCAUAAAGAAGCUCUAUAUGAGCAACAACUGGAAUAUUUCCGCUAUGUCUAUUAUGGAUCUGAGCAUUGUUGCUAGAGAGUUAGAUUUGAUCGACUUUUCAAACUGCCCAAAAGUUCGCGAUGAUGUCAUUGAGAGGUUGAUUACACCACAAGGAUCCAAAUAUGGUUGCCCGAAUUUGCGGACCUUGAAUUUAUCUUACUGUAAGUACCUGACAGACAGGGCAAUGUGCCAGAUCGCCAAUAAUGCCUCGCAACAAUUAACGUCGCUCAAUCUUACCAGAUGUACUACAAUCACAGACGGUGGAUUCAUGUUUUGGUCACAAACACAGUUUCCUAAUUUGAGGAAGCUUGUAUUACGAGAUUGUACCUUUCUCUCAGAUGCUGCUAUAUCCCAUUUAUCAGUUGCGUGUCCCAAUCUAGAAGACUUAGAUCUCACCUUUUGUUGCGUUUUGACAGAUAAUUCGCUUGCAAUGUUAUAUCUUUAUUGCAAGUAUUUGAGAUCUUUGAACCUUUCAUUCUGUGGGUCAGCAGUCAGUGACAACUCGCUAGCUUCUAUAUCUCGCUUGCCUUGUUUAGAAAAUCUCUCUUUGAGAGGAUGUAUCAGGGUCACUCGCCAAGGAGUCGAUAAGAUCUUAUCAAAUCUUCAAAAUCUGAAGUUCUUAGAUUUGAGUCAAUGUCCGAGGGUGGAUACGUACCAAGGCAAGGCCGUAGAGCCAUUUGAAAAGCAACCAGGGUCCAGGAACGCUUACCUUAAAAUUUCGCCAUAUCGACGAAUUAUUCAAGUAACUUUAUAA